CGCAGUGGUGCCGCCCAAGGCGGAAGCGAAGAGGCGUCGGCCUGGAACCCUUUCUGCAGCGCAGCGAUGGCUGCGGGCGUCCCCUGCGCGCUGGUCACCAGCUGCUCCGCCACCUUCACCGGGGACCGGCUGGUGCAACAUAUUCUUGGAACAGAAGAUGCUGUUGUGGAAGCAACUUCCAGUGACACCGUGAGGUUUUAUCCGUGGACCAUUGAUAAUAAGUACUAUUCAGCAGAUAUCAAUCUGUGCGUGGUGCCCAGCAAGUUUCUGGUCACUGCUGAGAUUGCAGAAGCAGUCCAGGCAUUUGUGGUUUACUUUGACAGCACACAGAAAUUGGGUCUUGACAGUGUCUCCUCAUGGCUUCCCCUGGUCGAGGCAUGGUUACCUGAGGUGAUGAUCUUGGUCUGUGACAGAGUGUGUGAAGAUGGAGUAAACCGACAAAAAGCUCAAGAAUGGUGCAUCACACAUGGCUUUGAACUGGUGGAGCUCAGCCCAGAGGAGCUGCCUGAGGAAGAUGAUGACUUCCCUGAAUCUAUAGGAGUAAAACGGAUUGUACAAGCUUUGAAUGCCAAUGUGUGGUCCAAUGUCGUGAUGAAAAAUGAUAGGAGCCAGGGCUUCAGCCUCCUCAGCUCGCUGGCUGGAGGCAACCACAGUGUUGUAUCAGCAGAGAACCAUCACUCCUCCCAGCCGAGUUUGCCAGCUGCAGACAGGACAGACUCCCUCCCGGGGCACCAAGGUGGCACAUCCAGCCCAGUAGGUGCACAGGUCGACAGCAUUGUGGAUCCCAUGUUAGACCUGGAUAUUCAGGAAUUAGCCAGUCUUACUACCGCAGGAGGCGAUCUGGAGAAUUUCGAGAGACUCUUUUCCAAGUUAAAGGAAAUGAAAGACAAGGCUGCGACACUUCCUCAUGAGCAAAGAAAGUUGCAUGCAGAAAAGGUUGCCAAAGCCUUCUGGAUGGCAAUUGGGGGAGAUAGAGAUGAAAUUGAAGGUCUUUCCUCUGAUGAAGAACACUAAGUUAUUCCUGCUGAGUUUGACUAAUGAUGCCAGUGCUGUUUACCUCAGAUAAUUCCCUCCUCAACCCAGUCCUGCUCUGUCAAGAUUCCCCUCACUGCAUUGGCCAUCUGACUGGUGUUUAGGGUCCCUUUAAUCUUAACUUAUAGGAAGGAGUUAAGGAGUCUUUCCUCCUGCAGCAUAAGUCAGUGAGGAGUACCAUGAUGGCAGUAAGGAUUCCUCAAACAUAUGUUUCUGUUUUAAGAAUGGGGUAGAAUUAGUCUUAGAGGUCUGUGUUAAAGGAGAGCCAAGUAUAGUGGUGCAUUCCUGCAAUCUCAACAUCUGGCAGGCUGAGGCUAGCCUAGGCUCCAUGGGGGUACCCUGAACUGAACCACACAGCAUGACUUGAGCAGCUUCUUUGGGUAUUCCCAGCAUUCACUGGUACUUGUCGCAUGUCAGGAGCUUGAGCCAUUGGGUAUUGUCAAUGUUUCCCACCAAGAGCUGGCAGCUCUGCAGUGAGGGAUUUUGGGGCAGGGGUUGGAAAUGUAUCAGUAAGUAAUUUUUGCUGUAGUAUAGGAGUGGGCAAAAUAGGUGGCUUGCAGAUUUUGUCUCUAAGCAAGUUCUGGAUAUUUUCAGUUCAGUGUCUGAAUUCUUUCUACAAAUAAUUAAAAGACUAGAGUGUAUUUUUUAGAUUUUAAGAAAUAAAGCAAAAGUUUCUGCCUCUAGGGAGGAUAAAGCUACCUCUCUAUACAGUUGCUGGGCAAGGCUUGUGAACAAGAACCUUAAUCCACCUGUGUGGACUAUGGGAGCUGUAGGUGCUUGUUCCUGGCCACUCCACGCUGCCAUGAUGAUGUGGAUACUCUUCUGCCCAAGCACUCUUCCUUCGCUACUUGAGAGACCAGAGCCAUGCUGUCGCACUUUGAACCCCGAAAACAUGGCAGGUGUCCCCUUCUUUCUGUUGGGAAGCCAAACAGAUCACUGCCAAAGCAGCAGCAAUGAGUGGUAGGUGAGGAGUUGAGAUACUAGGCAAAAGAGGUCCCAAGCCACCCCUGCGAUUUACUCCAGGGCUGCUGGCUCCUCUGCACCUCUCCAGGGCUCAGCCUCAGGCUCAGUUCUGAGGGAACAUCCUUCGCUCUUUCUCCUGUGUCCUGUCCAAUGCACAGGACACAGAUGUACUCAUCACCCAAAGGAAAGUUUUAAAUGAAGAGAGUUAAGUACAGCAAAUUAAAGUCCUUAUUUCUGACUUCAUAGACACUCCAGUGAGUUAUGAGUCUUCUCUUCAGUGGUCACGGCCAUGACUCUGAGCUGGAGUAGCCCAUGGGAGAUGAUACCCACACAUGGGCUGAGAACUGGCUCUGGCCUAGUGUUGGAGAAGCAUGGGGGUGGGGAGCCAAGCCAGGAGCAGAAAUAAGGCUCACACCUGCCCAGGGCAUUAUUGUAGGACCUGAGAUGUACCAGGGAUUCCUUGCCAGGCCAGCACCAGCACCACCACAGGAAGCAGAUGGCAUUUCAGUGAUGGGAGCAGUAGCUGCUGCCUUGCUGACGCCCUGGUUAAAUACCCCCCCCCAACACGCACACACUGUUCUUGUAGUACCAUCCCAUCAGUGGGACUGGUGUUUCUUUGAGCUGAUGUUUCCAAGUGACUGUAUCAGCCAUUGAUUAAGAAUGUAAGGGAAACUAAGGGAAGUUGGCUCUGGGCUGCCAGGAAGAUAGAACAUGUUUUUCUUAAAACAGAAAAUUCUGGAAAACAUAUUAGGCUACAUGAUUAGGAAAAAAAUAGAGUAGGAAAAGCUGUGAACUUGAUUUUGUUGAUUAAACAAAGCCAGGUAAUUAAAAUAUGACUUAUUUAUAAA